AUGGAAUCGCAUCUACUGAAGAAGCAAAGCGGUGUGUUUGUCCCCCAGUCCAGACAGCGAGAUAUUGUGGAGGAUUCUCGUGGAGUACAGCUACUUUGCACAAACGCUGGAAGGCCACAUCAUGGACACCGUCACAAUUUCACGACGAGACCAUCCCAGUAAGAAAGGAAACAAGGAGAACACUCAGCCUCCAGCUGGAGCAAAGUCCUUUAUUAAAACGGGCAACACCUCAGUUGUGCCAUUCCAGCUCAGAGGCAACAAAAGAGAGGAUGCAUUUAACAAGAAUGAUUCUCUUAAAGGAAGAGCUAAAGCGAUGGCUAGGAAGCCGGUGUCUGCAGAAGCUCAAGCAAAGUUGCAGAGAGAUGCAAAAGGAGCUUCCGGAGAUGUAAAAAGGCAAACUCUCCAACCUACUGUCGCUGAAGCUCCAAAGCAUCCGGCUCCUGUGCCAUCAUCAAAAUCUGCUCCAGGGAUGUACAAAGGCAGGAUUGUUCAGUCAAAGAUUGGGUCCAUCUGGAAGUCAAGUGAUCCUCUGAGUGCCGCAGCAGUUUCUAAACCACCAGCACCCAAAUCAGAGAGCAAAAAUGCCAGAGACAUGGCGAAAACCAACCGGUCCAAAUCCAUAGCUGAGGUGUCCAGGCAAGAUACUAAAAGGCCAGUGCUGUUGAGGUCCAAGUCCGUUUCUGAUAAACCCCAUCAGGUGACCAGGUCUACUGGGUUGUGCUCCACACGGCCUCCUGCCCGAACCCUCACAGCUCCUGUAACCGCUACCAAAUCAAAAGUCCCUACUAUGGCUCCCAAUAAGCAAGGAGGGAAUCAGAACACAAAGCCAAAGAUCCCAGUGACUGGCAAGAAAGCUGGUAAACCUGUGGUCUCAAGUACACUGAGUCAGUACAGGGUAAACACGGAGACGGCAGAAGAAAAACGCGCGAAACUGGCCGAGUGGCUGGCCUCCAAGGGCAAGACCCUGAAAAGACCUGCCAUGACAACUAUGGGACCUCCAAAAACCAAGGUUUCUGCCAACGGCCAAGUGGAGCCAACCGUUCCUGGUGAGGCUGAGCUGCAUCUUGCUGCACGGCCUAAAACUGAACCUGGCCCAAGCCUGAAGGUGGACAGCCUGGAGCAUGAAAUCCAUGGUCCCUCUGCUGAAGCCCAGAGAGAGACACCAGGGAUCAUGAACACAAAACUGGAUCUGCUGGACGACUCGGAUGCAGAUCUGACUGCUCCGGACAGAGUAGAUGAUAUUGUUGUGAACCUUUGCGUCGCCUUGGAGGCCAUGGUGACUCCAUCAGGAAGCAGCGAUGAUGUUGACACACAGUGCGACCAACCAAAAGAAUGCAAAAGUGAAGAGUGGAAGGAUGAACAGAUUCAGGCUGAACAGACCAGAGAGGAGCCAGAAGUCACAGAUCAGAAAAUGAAGCAGGAACAUGUCGAAGAUGAAGAUGAGGGAAGUGAGGAUGAGGAUGUGAUGGAGACAACACCACCAACGGAUGCUUCAAUAAUUAAAUACAGUGUAAAGACCACGCCAUACUUGCAAAGUGUCAAGAAAACCAUCGAAGGGGAUGUCAGCACGAGCAUGUCGAGGAGAAAGAGCAACAUCAAGGACCUGAAGUUUCUGACACCAGUGCGCCGUUCCAGUCGCAUCCAGCAGAUCUCCUCCCACCUGCCCUCAAUGCUCGCUGAUCACGAUCCAUGCGUGUCGUCGCUGGCGGAGCUGGUGAAGCUGGAUGAUGAUCCCAAUGCGUACAUUUACAGGAAAAACCCUGCACUGCUGCAGGAGCUUCCAGACCAAAAUACAUCCUAAAUAUUUAGCUUCCUACUCACAUUAUAAAAAAAAAAAGAAAAAAAAAAAAAAAGAGGACUUUGAGCUAUUGCACACUAAAUUAACAUUUUGUUUUACUAACCUGAAGUAUCUGUAUGAAACUAUUCUACAGUUAUGGGAUGAGCAGUUUUUCUGCAGAAAAAGACAUCUAAUCUUAAAACACCUCAUCUUCUGUUGCGCUUUAGAGAAAAUUAUCAAAGCUCAGGAAGGUUAAGAGGACUUUACUGCACACUAAACAGAAGACCACCUGGAAACUCAGGAUGUGGGGCCAUAAUAGGACUUAUUUUACAUUGACAGCUCCAGUUAUAAUGAACAAAAAAAAAAAAAAA